AUGGCUCUCUCUGCCGCUUCCGCGGGCCUCUCUUCCAUCGUCAGCUACUCCGUCGGAAACCGUGCCGUCACAAACGGAGCCCUGUCCGCCUCAGCGUCCGCCUCCCCGCUUUCCAUUUCCGCGACCCGCCGCGCCUCUGCUGCGCCACGAGGCUCCGCGUGGCUGCGCGGAUCCCCCGUGCAGCUUCCCCCGCACGGGCUUUCGGCGGGAUCUCUCAGGGGAGCGGUUAAGCCCGUGCGGAGAGGCGGCGGAGGGGCGAUGACUGCAACGGCGGGAUUGGGAGAUGCCGCGGGGUUAACGGCCGCUGCGUACGGCGCUUCUCUGCUGUUCGGCGGCCUCUUCGCAUACCUCCGCACGGGCAGCAAGUACUCUCUGGGAGGCGGGCUGACGGGCGCUGCUCUGUUCGCCACGGCCUUCUAUCUCAUUCAGAGCGCUCAGACGGAGUCCCUGGGCAACGCCCUUGGCUUUGGUGCUGGACUGCUCUUCUGCGCCCUCUUUGCCAUCCGCCUUUUCCUUACAGGAAAGCCCAUGCCCGCCGCCCCUCUCCUUGCCUUCAGUGCUGCAGCCACUGCUGUUUUUGCAUCCGCCUAUUUUGGCGCAUGA